GACUGUUUACAAAGGAAGCCAAGAUGCUGGUGGGUGUCUUGUUGUUUGUUUGUUGAGGUUUGUGAAGAUCAAAUCCUUCAAAGGUGUAAAGACUUUGUCUAACUCAUUUGAUGCUUCACAAGUUUUUGUGAAUCCAGCAAUCCCUGAAAUUGCUGUGUUUGUUCAAAGUCUCCCAAGUGAUGGUGCAAUGUGUAUCUUCCGUGAGAGAGUCCCAAAGUUUGAGAUUGUUGUUGCUAAUCAGGAUGAUACUUCUUUAGAUCAUCCCAGGAAAACCAUUGUGGAUCUCCUCAACUCUGUCGAGGUAAUUAGUUAUGUUUACUAUCAUUAGAAAACGUUUUAGUGUCUAUUAAAUAUCCCUAUUAAUAUCUAAAUUUUUGCUCGAUUGGCAAGGCAAGGUUGAUGUGUACUAUCUAUGCAAUUGAUACCGACUGGGUUGGUAUUACAUUAGCUAUCGUGCUUGCAAUAAGAAAGUCACACAUAUCCACCAUGGAGUGAAUGAUGUGAAUAACAAAGGGAAAAAGCCAAGGUUCUGGUGUGACACUUGCAAAUCUGUUGUCACUAAUGUCGUGGCUAGGUUUAUGCUCUAUGCUAAGGUGAUGGACAACACUGGUGAAGCUAAAUUGUUACUGUUUGAUUCAGUUUGCUCUGAAAUCAUUGGAGAGUCUGCUACAUCUGUGCUUAAUGGUUCCGUUGAUGAGAUUGAUGAUCCAGAAAACAUACCAGAUGCAGUUAGGAAUCUAUUUGGAAGGACAUUUCUUAGCCUGGUGUCUGUUGAGAAAGAGAAUAUUUGGGAUGGGAAGGAGAUAUACAAGGUAUCUAAAGUGUUGCAGAAAGAUGGCCUUCUGCUUGAGGAACAAUUGCUGGAGGAUUCUCAGGAAUUGGUCAAUCAUGCAUCUAUUGUGUCUGGUGAUCAGGUGCCACUAAUGCUGGAGAUGAGUCAAGAGACUUCUGACUCUGUCACUCCAUCAUCUAAACGUGUUUAUGCUGACAAUCCCGGUUCUUCUGAUCAUUCUUCUUCUUCUAAGAAGUUGUGCAUUGAACCUAUUGACUUUGGUGAUCAAGAUUCUAUUACUAAGGAUCAAGAGGCAAAUGUGAAGGACAUAGCUCCCAAGGUUGUUGUGGUGAUUAAUGAUGAUGCUUACAAAUCUGAGCCUAAGACUAAUAAUGUUGUAUCCAAUGGUGGAGUGGGUACACAUGAGGUGAAGGAGGGGAAAUGUGUUAAAGGUGGUGUGAAGGUCAAGGUUGAAAAGAAGUGAAGAAUGGUUGCUAUGAUUUGAUUUAUUUCAUGCUUUGUUUUUUUAUUGCUUUCAGAUUUCUAAGACUUUGCUUUCUAUUAUUGCUUGCUAUUCUGUUUUCUAAUUCCUUUCUAUUGUU